AUGCCACAUUCAUUUAAACACUUGGUUGCGCGUGACGACGGCGCCGGUGGCUUGUCUUCUGCUAUGGUCGAUCUUUUGAUAUCUCUCCUGGUGCUCGUUUUGCUCGGUUUAGCCCUGGUUGGUACCCUCCUCGUCCUACGCCGCAAACGCUUGAACCAGAAACAAUCCGAACUUCCCGUACAUAACGGGCAAUGCACACCCCAACAUCGUCGCCUUACGAUAUCUGCGCCGCCAUAUGCCAAGACAGAGUCGGUUCUUGUCUACGAUGAAAAGCGUGGUCUCAUGGAGAAUUCAACGAGCCCACCCCCCAGCCCAGUUCCAGAAAUUCGAAUCACGUUCCCAGAGGAGGAAGAUGAGUCAGGGAAGCGCAAGUCUGGCCGGAUGGUGGUUGUCAGAAUCAGCGAUGCCGGAAAUGUCGGUCUUGAACCAUGCCAUGAUGACCUUCCUCCGUAUCAGUCCGGCGAUGCGGAACGCUUCCAGUCUUUGGACAUCGAGCGUAUGGGAGGAUUAAAGGAGAAGGGGGAUGCGAAUAGAUGGUCCUGA